AUGGCCGUGACCAAUAAGUAUCAUGCACAUUUGCUAUUUAAAUUUUUGUUUGGACUGUGCAAUAUGGUAAAGGAAGUCGAAAAUAUCAAGACGCUCUGCGCGGACAUUGUAGAAAGAGCUAAAAGUGGCCAUCCUGGCGCCCCCUUAGGGCUUAGCCAGUUCAUUCACAUUUUAUAUACUGAGUACCUGCAUCUAAAUCCUGACGACCCCAAGUGGCUCCACAGAGACAUUUUUGUUCUUUCUAAUGGACAUGCGUGUGUAAUUCAAUACCUUAUGAAUCAUCUAAUUGGGUUUCUCCCAUUCGAAGAAUUAUUAAAUUUCAGACAGUUGAACAGUAAAACGCCUGGACAUCCAGAGAGAAACGACUGCGGAAUUGAAAUAAGCACAGGCCCGUUGGGACAAGGCGUAGCAUCGAGUGUGGGGUUCGCAAUAAGCUCCAAAAUACUGCAGAAAUAUGGACUAAACAACAGGGUUUACUGCAUAUUUGGCGAUGGAUGCUACCAAGAAGGGAUCUCACAGGAAGCAUUUUCCCUGUGCUCAAAACUGGGGCUAGACAAUAUUACGUUCAUAUAUGACUUUAAUAAAACAACAAUUGAUGGCUCUACGAAACUUUCAAUGUGUGAAAAUGUUGUAGAUAGGUUUAAGAGCUUAAAUUUUGAUGUUUUUGAAAUUGAAGAUGAUGCUGAACAGAUCCGAGAGGUUUUGAGCAUAAAAUGCAACAGAGCUAAGGUGGUUGUUCUUCACACACGGAUCGGAAAAGACUCCGAGCUUGAGGGCAGCAGUAAGUGCCAUGGAAAUCCUCUGGGUGCGGAAAAUGUCCUAAAAUUAAAAGAAAAGCUUGGAAUGCCAAAGGACAAGUUCUACUUUUCAGAAGAUCUUGUAUCUGCCUAUCGCACUGCUGCUGAAAGGAUGAGAAGGCACGCAAACGAGACCGCAUCCUUGAAUGGCCUUCCGGAAACAUUAAACGAAAUCAUUAGGUCGGUUGAAGAACACAGACAGUUAGAGUAUUGGGUUAAAUACAACCAGGACUAUGUGUCUGAAACGCUUGCCACGCGAAUACAUUUCAGCAAUGCUUUAAAUACAGUUUCUACGAAUGUACAGCUUCUUUGCGGAUGUGCAGAUCUCACUCCGAGUAUUAAAGGCCAAAUAAAUGGUACAGAUGAUCUGUCACCUGACCAUUUUAGUGAAAACUCAUAUAUUCGAUAUGGAAUAAGAGAGCAUGCAAUGUGUGGGGUGAUGAAUGGAAUAGCAUCUCAUGGCAUAUUCACACCAGUAUGUGGAACAUUCCUGAACUUUGCAACAUAUGGAAUGCCGUCAAUCAGAAUGGCGUGUCUUGACAGAUUGAAGACUAUAUAUGUGUUUACACAUGAUAGUAUUGGGCUUGGAGAAGAUGGACCUACGCACCAGCCCAUCGAGGUUCUGUCCACAUUGCGGGCGCUGCCUAACCUGACGACAUAUCGGCCAUGCGAUGGCAGGGAAACACGAAGUGCCCUAGCACUAGCUCUAUUAAACAAGAAAGGUCCAAGUGCCAUAAUUCUAACUAGACAAAAAGUCUCCGAGAUUGAAUGGACGAGCAAAGCUAACGAGAAGUUCUGUAGUAGAGACGCAAGCGACAUUGACGAAUACAGUAGUGUUGAAAAGGGUGGAUAUUAUCUCAUCAAAGAACCUGGACACGACAUAGUUUUGAUGGCAACGGGGAGUGAGGUGGAGCUUGCUGUCGAAGUAAAAAAGAAUCUAAAAGAAUACAGAGUAUCCGUAGUAUCAAUAAUGUCCCUUGAACUAUUUGAAGAGCAGCCAGAGGAGUAUAAGCUGACAAUUUUGGAUAGAAAGGCCAUACGUGUCAGCAUCGAAGCACUGUCAACAUUUGGCUGGGCAAAGUACAGUGAUCUACAAAUAGGGCUGGAUAUGUUUGGAAGGAGUGCACCAUAUAAGGAUGUGUUUGGAUAUUUUGGCUUUACCCCAGAGGCUAUUUCUGAGAAGAUCAGGAGAUUUAUUGCAAACCUCCGAUCAAGCAAAUAA